CCUAGUGAUCUUUACUGAUUUCGUGUGUUUUGGUACUGUAGGAAUUGGAGAUUUUAUUGGUUUAGUCUCCUGAAUUUCGAUUUCUCAUGUUUCUUCGUCAUAAUUUUGGUGUCCAUUACGAUUUUACAAAUACUUGCUGCAGUUACUGGGAAGCAAAAUUGGUGCCAGUGCUGAUGUUCAAUGUAUGAUAAUAACAUUACUGUGGGAGGAACAUAUAUAUAUGAUGAUAAAUUGUACGAAAUGUGUGAACAAUUUGAACUGAUAUCAUCCGCUAAAAUAUUAGACACUAAAUGGUUACCCCUCUUGUUAGCUUUCUGAUUUGCUUCUGCUCAUAUGUUCAGAUGCUGGAGUAAUGAGGGAGUCCCUGCCGGGACAAGUACGUGCACCGGCGGUGUUCAGGUGCGUAAGGGUGACGGCGGUGGAGGAUGGAGAAGAUGAGUACGCGUAUCAGGCGGUGGUGAAGAUUGGAGGUCACGUCUUCAAAGGAGUUCUGUAUAACCAAGGACCCGAAACCAGUAGCAGUACAAGAGAUGGGACCUUCCCUAACUUGUCUGAGUUGCACUUGGGUGGCGGCGGUUCGUCUUCGUCUCCGAUCAUGGAUCCGUCGGAUGUUUACGGUGGUGCUUCCGGCGGGUUGCGUGGAGGAUCGACGUAUGGACAUCCCAUGAACUGAUCGAUGAUCUGAUGAGAGGAAACAAAAAGCACACGCACACAAAGGUUUCUUUAAUUCACUAGUGAAACCCCCUUCACUAAUAACUGGUUUACUCCCUAAUCGCCUGCUAAUUAAUUGUUGUAGGGUUCUUUCUUAUCUUUCCCCUCUUUUUUGUUUAGCUGGAUAUUGGGACAUCUCUAAUUGCUCCCGCCAUAACUGUGUUUUAUUGUUGUUAAUUAGCUCUUUUUUUUUUCUCUACUUCAUGUUUAAUCAGUUCAUUGUUGUAAUUAUAAUGACUACUUUUUUCCCCGCCAAACAUUCACAUGCGUGAUGUGAUCUAUUUAUUCUCUUUAUUUUCCUUUUGUUGGGAGCUCUUUUUUUCUUUGCUGCUCAUGAUGAUGAUCAUCCAUCCAUCCCUGUUUGGUUCCACUUUGGAAGGAAGGAGUCGGUGCAUGAUCUUUGUCAUCAAUUUCCAACGCCAUUGACAAGUCUUUUCAACAUAUAUGGACAAUUUAUAGCUUGUUAUUAUUAUCUAUAGUUUAAAAUACAAGCUAAGAUCAUUCGUUCCAUUUUUGUGCAGCAUUGUUUAAUUAUUGAGACGAACUGAUUCACGUUGGUGCUGAUUCUCGUUGGUAUUAAGCUAGCUCUUACCGCUUUCCGACUCUUCAUAACCUAGGGUUUAGUUCUCGGCGAAGAGAUUUAUGAAUUAUGAUGAUCUCUUUGCGUGAUGUGUUCAUGUAGGCAUUAUUGGGAGUUUGAUGCUUUCUUUCUUUCCAUCUGAGGUCUUUUCUUCUUCUCUAUUCUUUCUUCUGCUUUUUUACCCUUUCAGGCUUUCUUUGUAUUUGGUGACAACAGUGGCUCGAGUUUGACAAAAAGUGACACCAUUUACUGCAUUACAGCAUAAAAUGAUCCCAUCAUCAACAGAAGAAUUUCAUAGCUGGAAACCAUCCAUCACUAUUUACCCAGUUACCUGUUAAGUAAAUAUAUAAUAAUGAUAAAAUUCAUCUGAUAAUUAAAUUCGUUAUUGGCUAAUUCUAGUCUUCCAACUUUGUUUCCUCAUUUGGAAGUUGUAUUGAAGGAAGGAACCCACUACUGCUUCUGCAAAUAUUCUCCCUUCAUUUUCCAUGGCAAUUCAAUUCAGUUGAUAUACCAAAUGGGGGUUUCCUUUUUCAUGGUUGAGAUCUAACAUUCUGCUGCUGCUGCAACCAGUUCAGUCACGUUUCCUGGUUCGAUGUUAGCUGAGUUUGUUUUGGUUCAGUUCCCUUUGAUCAAAUUGUUGGCAUGUAGCAGCAGCUUGCCAGUGUGCAUUAAUGAUAUAUAAAUAAAUGAACAAAUUCUGCUGCUUUAGGACUUUAGCAAGCAAAGCAUUCCAUUGCUGCUGCUGCUGCGAAGUAGUUGCGACGUCUCUUUCAUUAAUUGUUGCCCAACAAAUGGAUCGUGAGGGUGAAAAAAGGGCCAAUCUUAGAGAUAAGUCGUUGUCAGCCCACUUCAAUUCCUCGUUGCACCAUUUUCCUCUCAAUGUGGCCAAAUAAACCACCUUCGUAAAACAUGUUGCAUGUUUCGUGAAUCGAAUAUUUUUUUUUAUAGCUUGAGUCUUUGAAUACGGCAGGAAUUGAGGGCUCAAUAGGCCUUAGUAAGUUGGGAAUUUAUCAUCGGUAUUUGGAAUAUAUCGAGUACUUUAUU